AUGCGAUACUCGCUCACUCUUUUCGCGGCAGGCCUUGUCGCCCAGACAGGCCUUACAUGGGCGGUACCACAGGCCAAGAACUUCAUCUACAUUGUGCCUGAUGGUUACGGACAAGCCUCUCAAACCAUGGCACGUGAUUAUGUGUCACUCCAGAAGACUGGUUCGAACGCAAGUGCGCCGAUCAUCCAGGAGCUUGCUGGAGAUCGAUUGGCAUCUUCCGGAACAGCCUACGCCUGUGGCCACAAGACAUACAAUGACGCCAUCUCCGUGACUCCAGAUGGUCAACCUGUGGGCUCCAUCCUCGAGACAGCCAAACUCGCUGGAUUCAAGACCGCCCUGGUUGUCACGUCCACGAUCAACCACGCCACGCCAGCAGUCUACUCUGCGCACGUUGCGAACCGUGACUCCUACGAGGCUAUCGCUGCUCAACAAAUUGGUUACAGCCAUCCACUCGGUUCAAUUGUCGACAUACUCAUGGGCGGCGGACGCUGCUACUUCAAGCCACAGUCUGACCCAACCUCUUGCCGCAGUGACGACCUUGACCUCUUCGGCUUCGCCCAGGAAAAAGGGUACCACGUGAUGCAAGAUCGUUCCGCAUUCGACUCGUUCUUAGGAAGCGGUGGCUACACCACCAACGCUAGCUUGCCGUACAUCGGCCUUUUCAACGACGACCAAAUGAUGUACGAGAUCGACCGUUCCAAGGCACCUGAGAAAGAGCCCUCACUGCUCGAGAUGACAGAAGCAGCACUAGGCACUCUCGACCGCGCCACCAGCAAUUCCACGAAGGGCUACUUCAUCAUGAUCGAAGCCUCGCGCAUCGAUCACGCCGGACAUGCCAACGACGCAGCAGCCCACGUACAUGACACGAUUAUGUACAACGAUGUUCUCGCCUUUGUGCAGAAAUGGAUCGACGAGCACCCGAAUACCCUGCUAAUGAGCGCCGCGGACCACGAGUGUGGUGGCUUGACGACCAACGGAUUUGAUCCGACACCGCUCCUCCAAGUACAACAUUCAUUCGAGCAUCUCGAGGCCUUGUGGGAGUCCUACAACGGCACGGACAAGCGCGGCUACUUCAUCUCUACCAUCCUCCCGGCCGCCGGACUAGCCGACGUCACAGACGCGCAGAUCGACGUGCUGCUGUCCGCCACCAGUCCCUGGGCGCAGAUGAAGGUCAUGAUCGCGGAUAAGGCGGGCGUGAACUGGUCUACUGGCGGGCAUACAGCCACGGAUGUUAAUCUGCACGGGUAUGCGGUAGGGGAGAAGUGGAGGGAGUUCAAGGGCGAUAUGGCAGGUAACCACGACAACACGGAGUUACCAAAGUACAUCGAGAAAGUGUUGAAAUUGAACAUGGGUGAUACUACCGCGAAGCUCAGAGCUGGCAAUGGGAGUUGGGUUCCAGGAGUGAAUGCGGAGAAGAGAUCGGUAUUUGCGAAGAGGCAUUCGCAUUAG